CUGAGACUGAGGGGACAGGGCGCGAGGUGGGGGCGAGGAGAGCCAGAGCAGCGUGACAGCAGCAGAAAAGAUGAGAUGCGCAUUGGCCUGAAGGAGGGGCCCUCCCUCGGGCGUUUACUUUGAAAGGAAUGCGAUGUUAAUUCUGGGGCAUUGAUGGUUUACAAUGCCUGAUCAAGACAAAAAAGUGAAGGCCACUGAAAAAUCAACUGAUAAAAAACAGCAAGGAGUCACCACCAGGGACUAUUCAGAUCUUAAAAGACUUCUGUGCCUUUUGAACGUUCAAGCAAGCAAGCAACAGCUUCCAGCCAUUCACUUCGAUAGUGCCCAGAACAGCGUGAUGAAGUCUGAGCCUGCCGUCAGGGCAGGUGGGCAGAGAGCUGGAGGUCGGUGGCGUGAGUCCACAGAAGCUGUUGAACUUGAAAAUUUUAGUAUAAACUACAAGAAUGAGAGAAAUUUCAGCAAACAUCCCCAGCAUAAACUAUUUCAGGAGAUAUUUACAGCCUUGGUGAAAAAUAGACUCAUAUGCAGAGAGUGGGUUGAUCGCGCUCCAUCUCUUCAUUUUCUGAGAGUGUUAAUUUGUCUGAGACUCCUAAUGAGGGAUCCAUGUUAUCAGGAAAUACUUCAUAGCUUGGGUGGAAUUGAAAACCUAGCUCAGUACAUGGAGAUCGUGGCGCAUGGGUACCUCGGCUACGGGGAGGCGCAGCACAGCGUGGACAAGCUGGUCAACAUGACGUAUAUUUUUCAAAAACUUGCUGCUGUCAGAGACCAAAGAGAAUGGGUCACCACAAGUGGAGCUCACAAGACAUUAGUAAAUUUACUCAGUGCCCGAGAUACGAAUGUUCUGUUGGGCGCCCUUCUGGCUCUUGCUAGUUUAGCUGAAAGUCCAGAGUGUAGGGAGAAGAUAAGUGAGCUCAACAUUGUAGAAAAUCUGCUGAUGAUUUUGCAUGAAUAUGACUUGCUUUCCAAAAGGCUGACAGCCGAGCUGCUGCGCCUGCUCUGUGCCGAGCGCCAGGUGAGAGAGCAGGUGAAGCUCUACGAGGGGGUCCCUGUCCUGCUCAGCCUGCUGCACUCAGACCACCUGAAGCUGCUAUGGAGUGUCGUCUGGAUUCUGGUGCAAAUUUGCGAGGACCCAGAGACCAGCGUGGAAAUCCGCAUUUGGGGUGGCAUCAAGCAACUUCUUCAUAUUUUACGAGGAGACAGAAAUUUUGUUUCUGAUCGAUCCUCCAUUGGAAGCCUGUCUAGUGCCAAUGCUGCUGGCCGAAUCCAGCAGCUUCAUUUGUCAGAAGAUUUAAGCCCUCGGGAAAUACAAGAAAAUACUUUCUCUCUUCAAGCAGCCUGCUGUGCGGCCCUCACGGAGCUGGUGCUGGACGACACCAACGCCCACCAGGUGGUGCAGGAAAAUGGUAUAUAUACGAUAGCUAAAUUAAUUUUACCAAACAAACAAAAGAAUGCAGCAAAAACUAAUCUAUUACAGUGUUAUGCAUUCAGAGCCUUGAGGUUUCUCUUCAGUAUGGAAAGAAACAGACCACUCUUUAAAAGACUUUUCCCCACCGACCUGUUUGAGACCUUCAUUGAUAUAGGACAUUAUGUUCGUGAUAUCAGUGCUUACGAAGAAUUAGUAUCAAAGUUGAAUUUAUUAGUGGAGGAUGAACUGAAGCAAAUUGCUGAAAAUGUUGAAAGCAUUAAUCAGAAUAAAGCUCCUUCAAAAUAUAUAGGCAACUAUGCGAUUUUGGAUCAUCUCGGCAGUGGAGCUUUUGGCUGUGUUUACAAGGUUAGGAAGCGCAGUGGUCAAAAUCUUUUAGCAAUGAAAGAGGUCAACUUACAUAACCCAGCAUUUGGAAAAGAUAAAAAAGACCGAGACAGCAGCAUAAGGAAUAUUGUUUCUGAAUUAACCAUAAUUAAAGAACAGCUUUAUCAUCCAAACGUUGUACGCUAUUAUAAAACAUUUCUGGAAAAUGAUAGGCUGUAUAUAGUUAUGGAGCUUAUAGAAGGGGCCCCUCUUGGAGAGCAUUUCAGUUCUUUGAAGGAAAAACGACAUCAUUUUGCUGAAGACAGACUAUGGAAAAUAUUUAUACAGCUGUGCCUGGCUCUUCGGUACUUGCACAAGGAGAAGAGGAUCAUCCAUAGAGACCUGACGCCAAACAACAUCAUGCUGGGGGACAAGGACAGAGUGACUGUCACUGACUUUGGCCUGGCAAAGCAAAAACAAGAAAGCAGUAGACUGACAUCUGUUGUGGGAACAAUUCUGUACUCCUGCCCGGAGGUGCUGAAGAGCGAGCCGUACGGGGAAAAGGCGGACGUGUGGGCAGCAGGAUGCAUCCUUUAUCAGAUGGCGACCCUGGAUCCUCCCUUCUACAGCACCAACAUGCUCUCCCUGGCCACAAAAAUAGUGGAGGCAGUAUAUGAACCAGUGCCAGAAGGCAUCUACUCUGAAAAGGUGAUCACCACCAUCAGCAGAUGCCUCACUCCAGAUGCAGAAACCCGUCCAGAUAUUGUAGAAGUCAGCUCCAUGAUAUCAGAUAUCAUGAUGAAGUAUGUAGACAAUUUAUCCACAUCCCAACUGGCCUUGGAGAAGAAGCUGGAACGGGAACGGAGGCGCACACAGAGGUAUUUUAUGGAAGCCAACCGGAACGCAAUCACAUGUCAGCAGGAGCCGACUCUGCUGUCUCAGGAAACCUUUGAGAAGGCAAGCUUGAGUAGCAGUAGCAGUGGAGCAGGAAGCCUGAAAAGUGAACUUUCAGAAAUCACAGACCUCCCUCCUGAAGGCUUCCAGGCACCAUGUGGUAAGGACGAAGACCGGGCCUGUGAUGGACUCUUAUCAGAUGAUAACUUCAAUUUGGAAAAUAUUGAGAAAGAUAUAUAUUCAGAGCUUGAUGAUGAAUUGGACAUUUCGGAUAACUUUAGCAGCUCCAGCUCAAGCCCUUUGAAGGAAUCGACAUUCAGCACUUUAAAAAGAAGUUUUAGUGCUUCAGGAGGAGAAAGACAAUCCCAAACGAGAGACUUCACUGGUGGAAUAGGAUCCAGACCGAGACCAGCAUCUGCGGGAAUUGCUGUGUCACAGAGGAAAGUUCGUCAGAUCAGUGAUCCCAUUCAGCAGAUCCUAAUCCAGCUGCACAAAGUCAUCUACGUCACUCAGCUUCCUCCAGCUUUGCACCACAACUUGAAAAGAAGGAUUAUAGAGAGAUUCAAGAAAUCCCUCUUCAGCCAGCAGAGUAACCCUUGUAAUUUGAAAUCUGAAAUUAAAAAGUUAUCUCAAGGAUCUCCAGAACCAAUUGAACCCAACUUUUUCACAGCAGAUUACCACUUAUUGCAUCAUUCAUUGGGUGGAAACAGCCUGUCCUCAAAUGACCCAACAGGUCUACCCUCUAGCUUUGAUUUGGAGGAGGGGAUAACAUAUGAACAGAUGCAGACUGUGAUUGAAGAAGUCCUAGAGGAAAGUGGCUAUUACAAUUUUACUUCUAACAGAUAUCACUCCUAUCCAUGGGGGACCAAGAAUUAUCCAACCAAAAGAUGAAAGUGCUGCACUUUAAACGGACCUGGUUUUCCCAGUGAAGGUCAAGUUCUGGACUGAAACUGCUACUGGCAAGAUGCCCACAGCUUGGGUGAUACUUCAAGAGUGUGGAAGAGAAAAGACCAAUAUGCCACAGCGCCUGCGGGACCUCUUUCUGGAGAUCCAGUGCUAUGAGGCUCCAUCCUUGGGAUACACAGAUAUGGGAUGGCGGGGCUUCCAGUGUACUCCUGGGAGAAACUGCUGUAGAAUUCAUCUAUGAGAAGAAAACUCGCUCCUUGCAGGACUUUCCUCCAAGUUAAAAACAAAACAAAAAAUGACAUAUUUUUCAAAGAAAUACUUUUUACUUAGAAUUGCUGAAGCUAUGUUUAAAGGCAUCUAGCUUUCUAUGUAUAAAAGAUAGUUUUAGAUAAAGAAAAUUAUAGAACUCAGAACAGUAAUAUUGGGUAAUUCACUGUAUCCAUCAAUUUUUUAAUCGUAAAAGAAAUUCAGAAUAUGUGAUUGAAAUAUUGUGUAGUUUUAUUUAUUUGUUUUACUGAAAAGAUUGUUUUUCCCUUACCAUGUGGGUGCUAGUGAUCUUGGACUGUGAUAUAGUGUGGACAGUAUUUGUGACCUUGCACAGCCUCUGGGAAUACCUGUCAGAUUGUCAGAUUUGAGUUAGACCAAUAGAAAGUAUGGAUGUACAGUAUGUGUACGUGUGUGUGUGUAGGGGUAGGAGGGAGGUUUAGAUUAGGCUAAUGCUUUGCUGCUAAUCACACUCAUAGUGUCUUUAGAGCACUUUGAAGAGCCAUGGAGUCUAUGAAAGAGAUGCAAUAUUCCAUAUUCUAAGUCUCUAGCUAAAAUUCCCUAUGUUGCUUUCAAGUUUUUAUUGUUUGAGAAUUUGAGAUGAAAAUAAGUUAUAUAAUAAAAUAUAAGUUUCUUCUUUAUUCAUUGAGAUGUCUCUGGAAAAGAGAACUCAGAAUGCCAAAACAGU